AUGCCUGCAAGACGAAGGAUUAACAAUGAUGAAAAGGAUAUACUCGACGGUAUUGUCGCGCAAUUGAAGAGCCUUACAGACCCUGCGCCGUUCCAUUCGCAUGCUGCCGCCAAUCGUAGCCGCCUAGCAGAUGACGAGCAUCACGCUGGCGCUGGGAUCCACAUUCGUUGUCAUAGCAUAUGGACAUCAGCUCCGGCUCAGCGCAAAACACUAUCUAGUGGAGAUACUCAGCCACUACCUCCUGACAGGAAGACGAGACGAAGAGAGAAGAACCGAGUGGCUCAGCGAGCAUUUCGGCAGCGCAAGGAGAACCAUGUUAAGCAGCUCGAGGACAAGGUGGCGGCUCUUGAAGCGGCUCAAGCUAAAAUUGAGGCCGAGAAUGCCAAGUUGCAACAGGACUUGGCAAGAGCGAAAGCUGAGAAUACAAUGCUCCGCUUCGUAACUUUUCUCGCCGCUGUGGAGCGCAAAAUUAUUAAUGCUGUUUCAAAUUAG